AUGAAAUUUUCUACCAUUGCUACUUUCGCUUUUGCUGCUCUUUCCGUUGCUUCUUCUCCUGUUCCUCCAGUUGUGGAGAACAACAUUGUGGUUGAGAAGAGAGCAAUCGAUCUUGACCAGGUACUCGCUGAUGUCGAGUCUCUUGUUGGAACCUUGAUUACGGAUGUUGGACUGGUAGCUGCUGCUGCAGGUGUUAACGUCACUGAAGUCUUGGGAGGUCUUGGAAUCAAGCUCACUGUGAAGAGAGAGUUUUUGGACUUUGAAGAAGUUGUCAAGAGAGAUGAAAUUAUCGAAAAUAAAGUGGUUGCCGCUGAGAAGGUUGCCAGAGAUAUUGGCGACACUGAGCAGGCUGGUAUGAAAAGAGAUGUUCCUGCUAUUAUCGGUGCAGUUGAGCAGCUUGUUCGUCAUCUCUUGCAAGCAAUUGUUAAGCUCUUGGGAGACGUUGGAUUGAGUCUUCUCAAUGAGAUCAUUGGACUCAAGUAG